AACAUGAGCUCCACAUCUUCUCAGCGUGGUUACCCUGCCCAGAGGUGGUGUGCAGCGAACGUGAGCUCCACAUCUAUGCGUCACUCUGCAUGGAAGUUUGAGCCCUGGACUCACCUUACCCACAAACAGAGACGACCACAAUGGAUUGCUUAUAAUCCAAGGACAAUGAGGCCUCCACCACUUAGCACUGAUACCAUUUCUAUGAAGAUUCUAUCCUGGAACGUUAAUGGACUGCAAGCUAUUGUACAGUCAGGGUUUUCUGCAGAUGAAUUGGUUGCCAGAGAGAACUUUGACGUCUUAUGUCUUCAAGAGACACACUUGGAGGAGCGCAAUGUUGACCUUUUUAAAAAUCUGGUACAUGAAUAUGAUUACACCUAUUGGUCAUGCAGUGUUGCAAGGCUUGGUUAUUCAGGAACUGUUGUUAUAUCACGGGUACAACCAAUCUCAGUUCAAUAUGGGCUUGGCAUACCAGAGCAUGAUCAGGAAGGCAGGCUUAUUACCUUGGAGUUUGAUGAUUUUUACUUGGUCAAUGCUUAUGUCCCAAAUUCUGGUCGUGGUUUACGUAGACUGAUAAAAGCUAUUCUUCCUUCAUGUUGUUAG